AGAAAGACACAAAAUUAAUCUCAAGCUGUAAACAGAAGCACAAAAACAACAAAACAAACAAACAAACCAACCAAAAAUAAUACACAUUGCAAGCUUCGAGUGGCAAUUUGCAUACACAAUUCUUGAGUUUUGACAAAAAUGUUAGCUUUAAUUACCCAGUCGAAGUUGCCGCGUCCGUGGAUGCAGUUGGGCACCGGCACCGCUACCGCCGCGUCCAUUCAUAUACCGCUCAAGGGCUUUGAGGAGAGUGUGGCCGAGGCGCCGCCACAGGAACCCAAGCUGGCCAGCGAAAGCGUCAAGCGCAUGGGCUCCAGGAUACCCAGAAUGAUAAGGGCACAAGUUGAGUUCGAGCAUCACACAGCGGACGGCCAGAAGAAAAAGGAUGCGGAAGCAAAAUCACAAAAAGACGGAACUACUGCUGUGGCCAAGGGUUUGGGAGCUGGGAAAGUAGGGUCAGCUGACGUAAAAGCAGCAGGUGUAGCGGCAGCGGCAUCGGGAGCGGGUGCGGGAGCGGGAGCAAGUGGAAACGGAACAAAAAAAAUUGGUUUAGCAGGCGCCGGACUAGGAGCAGGAGUGGAACGGGUUAGAUCAGCAGGAUUAGAAGUUGGAGGACUUCCAUCUGCAGAAAUGGCAACUGCAACUGGAAUCGGAGCCAAAACAGUUGGAAGAUUUGUAACCAAAGGAGUAUCGCUUGGAGCAAUUGGAACUGGAGCAGCGGGAAGCGGAGCAGGAGCUCUAGGCAUGGGAACGCUCGCUGGGGCAGCUGGUGCAGGUGCAGUAGCUGCAGCCGGAGAAGUGAACGCCGGCACAGCUGUGCCCGUGGUGCGCAGCACCAGAACCUCACGUUGCCGCAUUCAGUUGGCCCACCCGGAUUGGCUAUCCACGGAUGCCACACCAACGCCCAGCCCCAGUCCCAGUCCGGUGCGGCGCAAGCGUGCGGAGACAGUGGACCAAGAGCGGCCACGCUUCAAUGCCACCAAGCGCAAAUGCCUAACAGAGCCGCUGAUGCAGCUGCCGCGUUCGUUGUCCAAACUGGGUGAUCCACUCAAGUAUUUGGCCGGUCGCGGACAGCUGCUUCGCUUCCAAUGCUGCGAUCGCAAUCAGAUCAAUGUGCCCAGCCAGCUGAUCAAUCGCUUCUCGCCGCUCAUGUGCGAGCGCCAAAAGGAGCCAGAGUUUUGCUUCAGCCAGCCCAUACAGCUGGACACGAUUAGCUCGGUGACGCUGCUGCGCUUGAUAUUGUGGAUGCAACAGCAUCGUCACGAUAAUAUCAAACAGCUACAAAAGUCGCUGCCAUCGCUGGCCAAUGCCAGCAGCGAUAAUUGCACUUGGGAUGAACGUUUCCUCGGUUCCGAUCUGGACUCGGUGCUGCAACUGCUUUUGGCGGCAAACUGUUUGGGCAUCUAUCCGCUGGUGGAGCAUGCCAUGCUCUAUUUUAUUGAGCUAAUCGAGCAGCGCAACAAUGCGGAGCGCAUCUGCAUGCAGCACAUAUCUCAGACGCUUAGCGAACUGCAGGGUCUGGAGCCCCAGCCGCACUUAGUUCCGUUGAACACGCCCACAGCUCCUGCUGUUGGCACGCAGCAAGCACCAGCAACAACAACACCAACAACAACAACAACAAAAACAAAAACAAAAACGAAUGGCAACAAUGUGGUGGCACAUUUUGUUGCAACAACCGUCGAGAGUGAUUGCCCAAUGAAUUGAAGUAGCCGAAACGUUGUAUUUCCCCUUGUCGCACUCUCAACAAAUAUUUCAAUAUAUCU